GAAAAGAUCGUUGAUGCUCUCCAAACUGUUUAUACAACAACAUGUGGUAUAGCUGGACCCCAGUAUGCCACUGAAAUGCUUCAAGAUGCUUUUAACAAGAUUCAAGAAUUAAGUGCCGAGGAUAAACCUAGAAUGAAGAAGAUCUUUUUUGAAAAAAUCCAGCACAGGUUGUGCUUUAUGGUUGAAGCACUAACCUCACUUGAUAACCGACGUCGAGUGUUUCGAUUUCUCGCUGACUUUUUCGUGAAUCAAUGGAGGAAAGGCAUACCCGACUUUUUGGAGUUUGUCAUUCAUUUCUGCGAAGAGCUGUCUUUGUGCGAAGAUCCAACGGUAAGGCAGAACGUAUGUACUAUAACGGGUUUUGUGCUGAGCGCCGGUAGAGGGCAAUGCGACAUUGGCACCGCUCGUGCCCUUUCUGUGGAGUUUAGGCAACGUCUGUACGAGAUUCUCCUGAGUCGUCAAAUAGAUAAGUCCGGUGCAGUGCGAAGAGAAGUCAUUCUUUCAGUAGCAGAUAUUCAAGACGACGACAUUCCCAAUGAUUUUCCAGAAGCAUUGGAGAGGAGUCCGAAAGAUAGUGAGACAAUUUUUCUCUUUUGUUCUUACGCAUUGUGA